UAGAGCAGUCGCUAAGCGUGGUCACAUCCUCAUAGCUUGACAUCAAAGCCGCCUAUGGCUGUGACUCGUGACAUGGAUGUUCGAAGUGAGGGUGUUCAUUACCAGAAUAUAGAGAAAGGGCCCAAGACUCCUCAACCUCAUACAGGAGGAGAUCACUACAGAGGAGCACUAAGGCUGGCUGCAGGGUGCCUUGGUUUGAUAUGUAUUCUUCAAGCAACUCUCAACAUUGUCCUGAGGCUAUACUUUUCUUUUCAGGAAGGCAAAGAUCUGAUGCUUACAAGCUGCAACAAUUACUCUAUAAAGACAGACCAGUUACAGACCCAAUACAACAUCCUGACUAUUGAAAUAGACAAAUUACAGACCAAGUACAACAACCUGGCCUUAGAGAAAGACCAGUUACAGACCGAUUACAUCAGUGAAGGUAGGGAAAAAGAGGAACUCCAGAAGAGGCUUUCUGAACUACGUGAAAACAUUAAUCAGCCAGGAUGGAAGUACUACACCUCCAGCAUGUAUUACAUCUCUACUGAAGAGAAGAGCUGGAGUGAGAGCAGACAGGACUGCAGAGAGAGAGGAGCAGACCUGGUGACCAUAAACAGCAAAGACGAACAGGCAUUUGUUGAAAUGUUGAGAAGAAAUAAGAGUGCUUGGAUUGGUCUGACUGACAGAGACUCAGAGGGGGUGUGGAAAUGGGUGGACGGUAUGGAACUGACCACUGAGUACUGGUUGCCAUGGGAGCCCAAUAAUUAUUUGGGAAAUGAGGACUGUGUUAUAGUUGGCUAUCAGCCUGAAGAGACAAGACCCAUAAAUGAUCCUUUAGACACAUGGAAUGAUUAUGUGUGUUCUGAACGCUUUGUUUCUAUAUGCAAGAAGGGAAUCUCCAUCAAGUUUAUCAUGCGGUUUAUCACACCAAUCAACACAGCGUGUCAUGAUGACGGCUCCACACCACCUGUAGAAGCCCACUACUAUGCCACACUGUUCCUCUGGCUGUCCACGUUCACUGGGCAACUGUACCGCUGGUCCUAUCGCACAGACAAAGCACUCUGGGGAGCCUUUUACAGAUUACAGAUGCUGCAGAAUGUUUAUGGUAAUGUGGACUACAUUGAGGAGUGGCACAGAGGAGAGCGAGUGGAGAUGAUGGUGGAUAUCUAUGAGAGUGGAGACAACAUUAGACACCAUGAGACCAACAUCGAGGCUGAGGACACCAACACAAAAGGGAACCCACACAUUUACUGCACAGAAAGUCUCACUUCAGGGAGCAGAUGCUUCAGACUGGCUGCAGUGUGUCUGGGGCUGCUGUGUGUUCUCCUGCUGGCUGCCAUCACUGUAUUGUGGGUCAAAUUCACUGUAGAGAGAGACCAGCUACAGACCAGUAACAACAACCUGACUGUAGAGAGAGACCAGUUACAGAAGGAGAGAGAAAGUCUCUUGAUUAGGCUUUUGGAAUUGGAGAGAGACAUUACCAUGCCAGGAUGGUAUUACUUCAACUUGAGUAUUUACUACAUCUCUACUGGAAGGAAAAACUGGAGUGAGAGCAGACAGGACUGCAGAGAGAGAGGAGCAGACCUGGUGAUCAUAAACAGCAGCGAGGAACAGGAUUUUGUGGUGAUGCUAACAAGAAAUAUAAAAGCUUGGACUGGUCUGACUGACCCAAGCAAAACGAAAACCUGGAAAUGGGUGGAUGGCACUGCGCUGCUCACUGGUUACUGGCAAUCUGGAGAGCCCAAUGGACAAAAUGAGCACUGUGUCAUAUAUAACUAUGGGUUUGAUAGCAAGAACAUCUGGGCUGAUUAUCCCUGUGAUAACAAAUUUGCUUGGAUAUGUGAGAGGAAAAUUGCAGACCAGCAUUUAAAACUGAUACCCUUCAGACACUGUAGAACUGGUCCUUUUAUCAGAGGUGAAACAAGCAACACAGAAGAUGAUGAGAUGAGCAAGCCUAUUAAUAUAAAUGCCGCAGCUACUGCAGACAGCAUGUUUGACUCAGAGGACAACAAGUAUAUAUAUGAAGACAUGAGCCAUUCGGGCAGAAUCAACAGGCCUCCUGCUAUCUCUGAUUCAGGAACUGAUACUGCAGGGAGCAGAUGCCCCAGACUGGCUGCAGUGUGUCUUGGGCUGCUGUGUGUUCUCCUGCUGGCUGCCAUCAUAGUUCUGGGUGGAUGGUUCACUGCAGAGAGAGACCAGUUACAAAGCAACUAUAAUGCACUGCAAAAAGAGAAAGAUGAAUGUGAUCUGGCUGGAAAAACACAGGGAUGGAGGUGCUUCAGCUCCAGCAUGUAUUACAUCUCUACUGUGAAGAAGAGCUGGAGUGAGAGCAGACAGGACUGCAGAGUGAGAGGAGCAGACAUGGUGAUCAUAGACAGCAGAGAGGAACAGGACUUCACUGAGAUGUUGAGAGGAGAUUCAAGAACUUGGAUUGGUCUGAGUGACGAAGACACAGAAGGGGUGUGGAAAUGGGUGGAUGGCACAGUACUGACCACUGGGUACUGGGAGCCUGGAAAGCCCAAUAGCAAUGGAUGGGUUGAGCAGAAUUGUGCUGUAACUGGGUCUGCUGCUGGGAAAGGAUGGAAUGACAAAAAUUGCCAAGAAUCACACUUCUGGAUUUGUGAGAAGCAAAUACUGUCCUGAUAUUAGGAAAACAGUAUAAUCACUGAAGGGACACAGAAACACUUCAACACAUUAAUUAAAAGAUCAAUAUAUCAGCAGAUAUAUCGGCAGGUGCCAUUUGAGUGACAUUAUAUAUAUUAUUUUUUCAUGUUUCAGUAUUUCACAUUAUUUCAAAAUUAUAUUUCUGUGAUCAUGUCACAAAGAGUUUGAUUGGCACACAGCUAAGUCAUAUUGAUGUUUAGCUUAUUUAAAGCAGAUUACUAUUUUGUUUUUCCUAUAAUUAUUGUACAAAUAAUUACGUGCAUUGUUACUGGAGUGUAAAUUGAUGAUUACAGUGCAAUAGUUAGAGAUCCUUACACAGUUUACUUCACACUAAUAUUUUUUGUGAAUAGUUCUGCUGCUCUCUAGUGCCCCUCCCAAAGUUUUUUCCCAUAGUCCAUACCAUUCAAAUAUUUCAGAUAUGUUGUCUCCUUAGUGUAAGUGAAAUUUUAAAAUUCAUUAAUAUAAGCUUAUAAGUCCCAUGGUUUGAGUGGGAAUGAAUGAAAAAUAAUGAAUGAAUGAAUGAUUUAAUGAAUGAAUUAGCCAAAUAAGGUUAAUCAGUUUAGUUUAAAAUAUGUAUAGCUUGUGAAUACUGUUAAUCAGUCUUAUUUUUCAUAUUUUAAUGCUGCAAAUUCUCCCCCAUGUGAUGGUAGAGGAAACAGUCUGAUCUGGAUCAUUUGGAUCUUGUAGUAUUUGAUGUCUGGAAUUUAAAACAGUUAUAAUGAACAUGUCUCAAUAGCUAGAAACAUUGAGCAUUGUCAAAGAUAUGGCAACAUAGAAGCUAUUUUAAAUUGAGGGCCAUGUAAUUUAUCAUGGCCCACAGAGCUAGCCUGUAUUUAGGCCUAUAGUUUCAUAGUCUAAUAUUAGAUACAGUGUUGAUGCCUGAGAUACAGAUUUGAUGAAAUACUGUCUAUGUAGACAGCUUACUUUAUUACAGCAGUUACUCAAUAUUAAAACUAAUACAGAGAGGAACAGAAUAAGUAAAACUGAAUGAUAUACCACAUAAGUAAUUAAUAGUUAUGGCUUGGUCUGGUCAUUAUCAGCUGAGCUCAUGUUUGAGAUGCACACACCCACACACACAAGAUCUUAAUAUCAGCAUCUAAUGACAUGGUACUGAUUUGGCUAUGAUUUGACCAAAGGCUUAUCAUUCAUGAUUUAUGAGUUGACCAACAAUUGAUGAACAGUGUUGCCCUGUUGGGGUAAUUCACUGCAGACCUCUGAAGACCUGCACAUUCUCUUUCAACAGUUGUGCUUGAUCCAAGCUGUGAUGAGUCUCUAUCCUAUACAAAAAAACCCAAAACUCAUAUUUUUAUAUACUUGUCAGUAUGUUAAGAAAAACAUAAAUAGAUAAAAAAUAUAAAUAAAAAACACAAUAGUAACUUUUCUCAUAUCAGUCUUGCUUAUGUUUUAUUGAACUUAUUAUUUUAAAUGCUUAUGAGAUGAUAAGUUUAAACUAUUUUGUGAAAAACAUGAUAGAUUUCUUGAUACAUGGGACUUUUAAUUAAUUUCAAUUAAAAGUUAAUUCAUUGAUUCAGUCUCAACUGGAAGAAGUAAGUUGAUAGUAACUCGUGACCAUCUACUCAAUGUCUAAAAUACCACCAGUAUACCCACAAACUUAACAACUAAUGUAAUGUUUAUUAAGUAGCCAUUAAUCAUAUACUGGAUAAUGCAUUGAGCUAUUAAGGUAAUAGAGAGAGAGAAAAAAAAAAACUGAUAAGACAAAUGAGAAUAAAUGAAUGAGAAUCAAAUAUAACCUAUAGGUGUCAUGAUACAUCCCCUCCUCCCAAACGCCUGCGCAUGUGUGUGUGUGUGUGUGUGUGUGUGUUUCAUCAGUAUGGCCAUGCCCUCUCUGUGUUCCACAUCUGAUCCUCGUUGUGUGUCUGUUGCAUGUAUCUACUGCUUACAUGCUACUAUUGUUGGUGUUUGACCCCCUUGGCCUGUGUGCUAAGUA